UGUUAUUUCCCAACCCUUAUUGGCUUUCUCCUUCAGCAACCCCAACCUUAAUGGCACACGUGAAGCUUCUACAACUUAACUGAAAUAUCUCUAAACAUAAUUUCAAUAUAGUCUACGGAGCCAAACCUGAGAUUAAGGAAGACCCAAUAGAGUUCAAGUAGAGAACUACUUGUAAGACUUCUACCAACUUUUAGGAACAAAAGUGAGAGUACCCAGUCAUGGUAGAUUUUUCAGAAAUAAAGAAAAAUCCAUGGUCUUUGAUAUCCGAUUCCAUCUUGAACAGAUUUAGUGAUAAACAUAUGGUGCUACAAACCAGGACUUCUCAGAUCAGAAAUAAGAAAAAGGAAGUCAGGGAAUGUCUUAAUCUUACUAAGACUAAAUCUAAGAGGAAGACUGUCUUUAGAGAUCUCAAAGAGCCAGCGAGGCACCAAAGACAGUCUCAUAGAGUACAAUCUUGGAUAAGAAAAUAAAGACUUCAUAAGUAACAUAAAUAGGGAUGACUCAAACAAAGAGUGUACAAAUAAUUCAAUUUUCAAGUGGUGGAUACCACAAGGACAGACCAAAGUUAGACAAGAAAGCUAUGGAGCUAUCAGAGAGCUCCAGAAUAUAAAAUAAAUUAAAGCUGAAAGUUUUAAAAUUUAAAAAGCAAGUGACAGGACAAGCAUUAUUCCCAAGUUACAGUUUUAAAGGAAAUAGCCCAAUAAAAAUUCACAAUAUGGGUAAAAAUACUCAAAAUUCUACAGGAAAUAUUAACAUAAUCCUCCCUCCAAGAUUAAAUUUUCCUAAAAAUGGCAAAGAAAUUACCAAAAUCCAAUUAUCAGCACGGCCAAAUCUCACUCAAAAUGUGAAGAAAAUACUGUCACGUCAGACGUCUCUUGGAACCUCUAGGACCAGUUCCAAGGAAAAGACCUUCUUCGUGCCAUUACUGAACCGUCAAUCAAGAAUGCUUGUAAAGAAUGAAACAAAAUAAUAUCCAGCAUAAUUUGUCGAAGUCCGUUGCUACUCUAGAAAUUGCGGAUAGUGAUGAAAAUAAAGAUUUCUACUUUGCAAGAUCCUCGAGAAAUCCUGUAAAAGAGCCUACAGACAACCAGAUCUACAGAAGUUAUGCAGUCAGAAAAUCUGAAAUGAAGAAGCUAAAUUUCCGCAUGUCACAAACAUCAGACCAAAAUGGGGACAGAAAGAUAGUAUUCCCAAAGGGAUUUGAAAAAGAGAGGCGCAAAUCUCGAAUAAUACAAGCCCUAAAUUCCAGAAACGAUUGCUCGCAACUAUGAAUCCCGAAAAGGAUGAAGAAGCAAUGGAAGACAAUAGACAUAAGCCAGGAUAACAUUCCGAAUAUUCUGAAGGUUUCAGAUCUAGAAAAGAGUUAUUCAUAACAAAGUUAGCCUGCCCGUGUUCAAUUUUGUGAAUCCAUAAG